UGGCAAUAGUAUCAGCCCAUCGAUUAUAUUCCCAAGUCUAUCGAAAACAAAAACUAGGGUUUUCAGAUUCCUCUCUCUCUCUCUUCCAAGUUCCAACCCACACUCUCUCACAUCACCUUCACGCAGUCGACGAUGACAGGGAAGGCGAAGCCAAAGAAGCACACGGCCAAGGAAAUCCAGUCGAAGGUGGACGCAGCAACAACCAACAGGGGCGGCGGCAAGGCGGGGCUCCUGGACCGUUCGGGGAUCGAGAAGGGCGGGCACGCCAAGCUGGAGUGUCCCCUGUGCAAGGUCACCGCGCCCGACAUCAAGACGAUGCAGAUUCACCACGACUCCAAGCACCCCAAGAUCCCCUUCGACGAGUCCAAGCUCAACAACCUCCACGCGACCGUCGCCGCCGAGUCCUCCUCCAAGCCCCGCCCCGGCAUCCGCGGCAGCCUCAAGAAGUAAUAAUAAAACAAAUUUCACAAGAAAGAAAAUCACUGUGCCCGCCGUGCCCUCUCCCUGUUGCCCUGUUGCCCUUUCCAAGGGCAACGAUUAUAUAAUAAUAUGUUAUUACUAGUGUCAGUGGAAUCCGUGUCUGGGUCUGGUACCUGUGUUGGUUAUUGUUGUGCUUGGUUGUGGUUUAAUGUCUAAGCUUGUGGUUAUGGAGCUUAUUAUGGUUCA